AUGAAUCUGGACAAGGAAAAUCUGGACUUCAAGCAGCAUCAAUUAAGCCUCGACAGCCUGGAUGACAAGGACUUCAAGUGCUACACUGGUCUCAAGGACAGGAAAACCUCUCCUCUUGACACGUGCCGCAAGGAUUUCUGGAACAACUGCAUGUCUGUAGAAGUACAGGAGCCCUGGCAGCAAUUCAUUUUCCCAAAAGUCAUGUUAAAGGCUUUAGACAGUCUCCUGGAAGAGACCAAUAGCCAGUACGAACAGUUUAUCACUGCCGAAACAGCAGAUGGAGAAUUUGAGAAAUUGGUUGACUACCAAAUGAAAAUAGCAACCGCGUUCGCAACAUUGGCGCGCGUAGGUAUGCGAGAACCAGCAAGUGCACAAGAGCAAAGUGCAAGGAGAGCAGUCAGCACUUCACGAGAGGAAGUAGUCAAAUUACCAAAACUUGAACUGAUCAAAUUUGAUGGAAACAGAAUGAUGUGGCAGAGAUUUUGGAAUCAGUUCAAGACCACCGUUCACGAUAGACAGGCGAUGUCGAAGACUCACAAGUUCAGCUACCUCUUAAACUCCUUAACGGGACCCGCUGCAUCUGCAAUUGAAGGAUUACAGGUUUCGGAAGAAAACUAUGACCAUGCAGUACAAAUUCUUACCGAGCGAUUUAGACUCCCACAGCAUAUAGUGGACAGUCACAUGGAUUCUCUCAUCCAUAUAAAACCUGUAACGUCGACAAAUGACAAGGAAGGACUUCGAUAUCUACACCAGACUGUUGAAGUCAACACUAGAGGGCUGGAGUCUUUGGGCAUAAAACUGGAAUCGUAUGCUACAAUGCUGCUACCCAUUCUUCUAAAAAGCAUUCCAAAGCAAGUCGCUGUUGAUUUCAAACUGAAAGAAGAAGAACGAAAAAGGAAUGGCCAGCAUAACAAGAACCAAGCGGAAGAGGUUACGUUGAUGAAGGAGAAUGUCGAGAAGCUUAACAGACUACUUCAACGGCUGCAAGACUUAGUAAAAUGUCAAGGAGACGACGAUAAAUGGCGGGAAACUGAGCUUCAGAACAUGCACGACGUGAAGGAUACAAUAUAUCUCUUAUUAAACCCUCCGGUUUCCGGCACUUGA